UGCGCGAGUAAAAAUGAAUGUAAUACAUUGCGUCCAGAUGCAUCGUGCGCGUGGAAGGGAUCAUGUGACGUCAUCAGAAGUCUUUACGGUCAUUUCUCUUUCUUAUGUCUUCGCGUCAUGGAGUGUUGCUGCAGCCUUUGUCACGUUCACGUUCUUAGCGAAUAUCUGUCUUGCAACAGUGUCGAUAUCAUCAGUCGAAGAAGCAGAUCAUAGAAAAGGCUGUAGGUCAUCGAGUGAACAUAGGCGCAGAUCGCGUGCGGGGGCGAUGCGUAACAUUGAUCUGACGUUAUCUACGCGUGGAGGCGGCGCUAUCUCUUUGUCCUCUUCAAAUAUUUCGAGUUUUACUAAAAUAUUUCGCCAGAACAUGCGUCGUUCGCUUCAAUGAGUCGAAAAUAAUGCAGAGCGAACUGUUCAUCGAUUCGAUUCCUGUCUUGGAAUUUGUUGCUAUGAUGUAAUUAGACUACGAGAAUAGUGGGGGUAUAAGUACAGUAAAAGUAUGUGUUUAUCGACGUAUUUUAAUUAACGCCGUUUUCGCCAUAAAUGUCUGCUGAUUUCGAAAAAGAAGCAGAUCGUGAUCCGAUGUGUUCACGAUCGCUACAAAUUUUUGCUAAGUCUGGAUUACGUAAUUUAAUAAUGUUUUCACUGUUGUGCAUAAGUAUUUUGUUGCUUGCUUGCGAUGCGGCAAAUCCUCGGUGCAGGGAUGAAAACAAUAAAAUCGUUGAUUGGUAUGUACUUUACAAGUUGCCGAAGAUAGCGGAAAGCAAAAAUCCUGUGAUUAAAAGUGGAUUAGGAUAUUUAUAUAUAACCAAUAAUACUGUCAAUAAAUCUUGGCAGUUAUCCAAAAAAAAAAUCAGUGCGAAGAAUUCUACACCGGGGAAUACUUUAGCACCUUUAUACGAUGAUUCAGUGGCAUCGAAGAAUCUUUGGGGCAUGUACAACGAUGAUCCACCUAAUAGGCCUACAAGUGCAAAAUAUGGUCAUGCGAAAGGUGUUGUAUUUGUGAAUAAACAGCAAGGUUUCUGGUUAAUACAUAGUGUUCCGAAUUAUCCACCUGUACCUAACAGUGGUAACGAUACGAGACGGGGACACGUGGAAGAAAAUUCAGACAUUCCGGAAAGCCAAUCUGAAUAUGAUUAUCCAACAUCUGGGAUGAAUUACGGACAGAGUUUCCUGUGUAUCUCCGUGGACAGUGAUCAAUUCGAUAAAAUCGGUAAACAGUUGAUGUAUAAUCAAGUAGUGCUAUAUAGGAACAAUAUUCCUUCGUUCGCUAAAAAUUAUCGGGUGCUCUCGGAUGCGGUUAGACAAAAACGUAUCAGAAAACCACCCUAUACCAGCAGAGCACUAUUAAAAUCAUCUGGCGGCAUCGAAUUCGUAUCGUUUGCCAAGAGCGACAAGUGGAAGAAUGAAUUGUACGACGAGUUUGUUGCACCGAUGUUGAAAUCCAAUUUAUAUACCGAAACGUGGUUGAACGGACGAGGUAGAUUACCAUCGGACUGUGCACAAGUGAAAGUACUAAACAUCGAAUCCAUUCAUUUGAACACAUCUGAUGAUUCAAUCAAUUUUACGAGCAGCCGCGAUCAUUCCAAAUGGGCAGUAGCUAUUGAAGGUAAAAUUAAUCGAACUUGGGUCUGCGUUGGUGAUAUUAAUCGAGCGGAUACCCAAUAUGUACGCGGCGGUGGAACUGUUUGUUUCAACAAUAAGAAAGUCUGGAAUAAUUAUCUGAAAGCAGUGAAUCAGGUAGAAUCAUGUUCUAAGUCCUAAGCAAUAUAAGGCAAUUUUACUUUAACGAAUUUGUUAAUAAUUUGGCUUAGGGAAUAACAGACAUAUUAAGAGAUUUAAUAUUCUUUUAUAGUCUCUUUUUAAAUUUCUCAGAUCCAAAUUUUAUAGCCAUUGCAUAUAUAUUCAGUAUAUAUAAUUAAAAUGAAUUAUAUUGUAAUAUAAAGUAAAUUAUAAAAAUAUUGUUCGUAAUAUAAUAGCAUUAGAGAGAGAAAGAGAGAGAGAGAGAGAGAGAGAGAAGUACGUGAAAUAAUAUCUUCCUAUACAGUACGAGCUGUAUUAAUUGGCAGAAUAAAUGUAAUUCAUAAAAAUA